AUGCUGGUUAUUAUGAGUGUAGCGCGGGAGAGGAGUUUGCAAACUGCGACAAACUAUUUUAUAGUAAGCUUGGCUGUUGCAGACCUGUUGGUGGCGGUCGUCGUGAUGCCCUUCGGAGUGUAUUAUUUAUUAAACGGCGAAUGGUGUCUGCCAGCUUUCGUGUGCGACUGCUACAUCGCCAUGGACGUCACAUGCUCAACUUCGAGUAUUUUCAACUUAGUUGCCAUAUCCGUAGACAGAUACAUCGCAGUAACGCAACCAAUAAAAUACGCCAAGCACAAGAGUAACGCCCGCGUGUGGCUCAUGGUCGGAGUGGCCUGGCUGGUCUCAUGCGCGAUCGGCUCGCCCGUAGUCUUGGGUCUCAACAACACGCCAGACCGCACUCCCAACGCUUGUCUCUUCAACAACACUGAUUACGUCAUCUACUCCUCGCUUGGCUCCUUCUACAUACCGUGCAUCAUAAUGAUGUUUCUGUACUAUAAUAUAUUUAAGGCUAUCCGCAAAAGAGCGAAAAAACAGCGUAUUGCCAAGAAAACCUCAUCGGGCAUCAGCUCCACACUUUCCAGCGGGACUGCAGCAAUAGUGAUUGAGAACGUUGCUCACAAAAACCGCUUAAAUGACAGUGGAUAUACCUUGCAAGAAGAUAAACCAACAAAUACUGCUUCUGGAAGCAACGAAGAUGAGGAAGAUGAAAAUUACGACCGCACUGAGAUGGGAGUUUAUGCGGACGAGUUAGCCAACACACGAUCUACGAGGUUUAUGCUUGCUGCAGUAGUGGAAGAGACUGGUCUAAUUAUGGCAAAUUUAGCAUCACCAAUACCGAUGAUGGAUCCAAACACAAACAACGAUUCUGGCUACGUACCUUCAAACAUAGAAGUAGAGAAAGAUCAUACACCGUCAUCUCCCAAUAAAAAAGAAGAAAAGAAGAGAGAAGAGAACAAUUCUGUAUCUAAGAAACCUGAGCUAAGGAAGAAGAUAAGCCGAAUUAGCGGUAAUUCGGUGAUCACUACUCCUCGAAGACGCUUCAAGAGUGCGGCUUCAGCAGCUCGCUUCACCAUAUUCCGUGCAAACAGAGCUGGCAAACUGCAAGCCAAGUCGUUUGCCAAGAAAGAAAAGAAGGCUACGCAGACCCUUGCAAUUGUCUUAGGUACUUUUACCAUAUAUUUAAAACAGGCGUCUUUCUCUUUUGCUGGGCCCCAUUUUUUACCUGCUCAGUAUUAG